CUUUCCCCUCUUCAGGUGACCUUUAAACCAGACCUGGCCACAGUGGAGGUCCAUGAUGACAGCAUCCAAGGCCCUCUGAAGGUUGGUGCUGUAGUAGAGGUGAAGAACCCUGAUGGAGUGUACCAGGAAGCCUCCAUCAACAAGCUGACAGACUGCAGUAUAUACACUGUUGUGUUUGAUGAUGGUGAUGAGAAGACACUGAGGCGUUCCUCUCUCUGCCUGAAAGGAGCACGUCACUUUGCAGAGAGCGAGACACUAGAUCGUCUCCCUCUCACCAACCCUGAGCACUUCGGCACUCCUGUCAUCGGCAAGAAGGGGAACCGUGGACGCAGGUCCAAUCCAGUGAGGAGAGAGCCAUCUUCGUCAUCCAGUGAAGAGGAUGAGAGUGACGGGAGACAGAAUGAAGAGCUGGUGGGAUGGUACCCUGAGGGGGGUUCUGCCUCUACUGGAGACCGGAAGAACAAGACCACAGAUGGUAUCCUGCCCCUGGUCAUCACCCCAGACUGCCAUGAAGAGGCCACCAUCAAGAAAGACACCGUCUUCGUUCGUUCCUUCAAGGAUGCGCUGGAUGAGGCUCUGGAGUUUGUGCAUCAGGCAGCAGUGCCCAGCUCCUGGAGGACAGAGGUGAAGGACGAGAGUUCCAGCAGUGAGGAAGAUGAUGAUGAUGAGGAAGAACAGGAGGAAGACACCAGCGCAGAAGAGGAGGGGGAGCUGGGAUAUGGAACCCCCAUCAACAAGAAGCCCGUGCUGGGCUACAGGAACCUGGACCUCUUCAAGCUCUAUAGACUGGUGCAGAAACUGGGAGGCUUCCACGAUAUUGACAGUGGGUCCGUAUGGAAGACUGUCUACCAGGCUCUGGGAAUCCCUGUGCUUAACUCUGCCGCCGGCUACAACGUCAAAUGUGCUUACCGCAAGUACCUGUAUGGGUUUGAGGAAUACUGCACCUCAUGCGUCAUCACUUUCCGUAUGGACCUUCCCCUGAAGCAGCCCAAGGCGGAGGGGGAGCGUGGGGAGGCCACUACCGUCCCCCCUGUAGCCUCCUCCAGCUGUGGAGAGGAACAGAAGCAGAAAGUAUCUCACACUGAGAACCCCUCAGCAGGCUCAGAGACCAGCAGCGCUCAGCCUAACAUCUACAAG